AUGGCUACGAGUUUGACUACUAGGAAUGGUUGUAUUGGCAUGAACCUCCCCACCUCCACCAAACUCAACAUUCCAUUACCAUCCAAAGAAUGCAGCAACUGCAGAGGCCGCGCUUCCUCCUUUCUCCACCAAGUCCGUCAUUUAGGCAUCCUCCGCCGCCUUUGUACUGCAUGUGUCCUCCGCCUCCACCCUUCUUCCUUUUGCCCCGUCUGCUUCGUCUUCUACGCCGGCUCCGCUCCCCACCCUUCGAAACGCGUCGCCUGCUCCAGCUGCUCCUUCAUCACCCACUCUCACUGCGCCGGGGACACCUUGCUUACCUCUUACCUCUGCCCGCUCUGUAAGGACUCCUCCUUCUCUUUCUUCCCUAUCAAGGAAAAUAGGAUUGACAAGAAGCUUGCCCUCGCUUUGCUCUGUGCUUCCAAGAUUGCCUCCUCCUCCAUGGGGAAGGCCGUCACCGUAGCAUGGGCCGAGGCUGACCAGAAAGUAAGGGAGGCGACGCUUGCGAGAAAGCGGGUAAGGGAGGCCUUAGAACACCUCCUCGUCAUUACUCGUAAGGACAAUGCCAGAAAGGAGAAUGUGAAUGUUGAUCCCGCCAAAAUUGAGGAACUGGACUUGGACAACGGUGAUGACGAUGGAGAUGGGGAUAUCGAUAUUGAUCUCGUGCGCCAUAUAGAAGAUAGUCUCGUUAAAGUCGACGAUUGA